AGUUGAGAACCCCGCAUUCCAACGCUUGCUGGCGUACUUCGAUCCGCGCUAUCUCCUCCCAGGGCACUCAUACUGUGGCGAUACCGGACUAAACGAGCUGCACCGGGUUGUUCAUUCUCACGUCAAGGGCCUUCUGAGAGAACACAGUCCCUCGAUUAGUUUGACCACUGAUAUUUGGUCAUCAGAUGUGAGCCCCAUGUCACUGCUUAGUUUAACCGCCCAGUGGAUUGACCCAGAUUUCAAACUCCGCGCAGCAGUACUACACGCCCAGGAAUUCCGCGGCUCACACACUGCUGCAGCGCUGGUGACGAAAUACAACAACAUGCUCCAGGUGUGGCAGAUUCCGAGAGAGAGGGUUCAUGUCGUACUGCGAGACAAUGCCGCAAACAUGGCAAAAGCCAUGCGAGAAGGAGGACUGGCAACCUUACCGUGCGUGGUGCACACACUCCAGCUGGCUGUCCAUGACGGGCUGCUGGCACAGCGCAUGGUGUCAGACAUCCUUGCUACAGGGAGACGUAUCAUCGGGCACUUCAAACGCUCCCCUCAAGCGUACUGUGCGUCUGCUGCAGCAAAAAUGGGCACUUGCUGCUUUUGGAGCCGAGCAUGAAGUUCCUGCUUCCUUCAAUUCCAACCAGUGGGGUCUGAUAGAAAACAUCCUAAAAAUCCUGGAACCAUUUGAGGAGCUCACAAGGGCAAUAAGCACAUCCACUGCAUCUGCCGCUGAUGUGAUCCCAUCUGUGAUGGCCUUAAAACGGUUCCUGAGCAGAGAUUCCCCAUCAGAUCAUGGUGUGGGCACCACAAAAGCCGAACUGCUGAGAGCUGUAACCCGGAGAUUUGAUGGGAUUGAAAACGAGCCCCUCUACACUUUGGCUACUCUAUUAGACCCAAGGUACAAGGAUCGAUGCUUUUCUGCAGAGCUGAAGGCACACACACGGGGGCUGCUGUUAGAUCUGCUGGCUACACAGACGGGCCCUGAUGAAGGACAAGAACCUGGAGACAACAACAACACAGAUGAGCCAGCUGAGAAGAUGCCACGACCUGGUUCCUUGUCAUCGAUGUUGGGUGAGAUCAUGCAAGAAGAAAGGCCACAGCAGGCCACUGCAGCAAUGUCUCAGUUGAAUCUCUACCUGUCAGAGCCAGUCAUCUCUCGAGAUGCUGACCCACUGGCUUACUGGAGAGCCAAUCAGGAUCGCUUUUCUGCCCUCACCAUUGCUGCAAGAGCUUACCUGUCAGCACCCUGCACAAGUGUGGACAGUGAGCGCCUGUUCAGUGCUGCAUCCAACAUCCUGGAUGAUCGAAGAAGCAGGCUUUCAGCCAAGAAAGUUGAGAUGCUCCUCUUUGUUAGAAAGAAUCUGCCAUUGAUGCAUAAAUAGGCAUAGGCAUUUAUGUAGCCUAAGUAAUAUAGCAGCAAGUUUAAACCUCCUUUUCUGAAUUUAAAAUAAUGUUUGUUUUGCCUGGGAGGGGGGGCAUUGUUUACAUUUUAUUUAGUACAUAUACUUGGCUGCUACUUGUUUUAUUUAUUUUAUUUAAGUGCUC